GUGUUGAAGAGCCACGGGCAAGAUUACCUGGUUGGCAACAGGCUGAGCAAGGCUGAUAUUCUCCUGGUGGAGCUGCUCUACAAUGUGGAGGAGGUGGACCCCAGCGCCAUCGCCAGCUUCCCUCUGCUGAAGAGAAAGCAGGAACUCCCACCAUGGCAGGGAAGCCCAUUCUCCACUAUUCCAAUGACCGGGGCAGAAUGGAAUCGAUACGGUGGCUCUUGGCUGCAGCUGGAGUGGAGUUUGAAGAGAAAUACAUAGAAACGCGACAAGAUCUGGAAAAGUUAAGAAAUGAUGGAGAAUUGUUGUUCCAGCAAGUGCCCCUGGUUGAGAUUGAUGGAAUGAAGCUGGUGCAGACCCGAGCCAUCCUCAACUACUUUGCCAACAAACACAACCUGUAUGGGAAAGACAUGAAGGAGAGAGCCCUGAUUGACAUGUAUGAUGAAGGCAUAGCAGACCUGAAUGAACUGAUUAUCCUUUACCCAUUCCGUGAUCCUGGAGUAAAAGAAGCAAACUUUGCUGAGAUCCAAGAUAAAGCAAGAAAUCGUUACUUUCCUGCCUUUGAAAAGGUGUUGAAGAGCCAUGGACAAGACUACCUGGUUGGCAACAAGCUGAGCAAGGCUGACAUUCACCUGGUUGAGCUUCUGUAUCAUGUGGAGGAGCUGGACCCCACCAUCAUCACCAGCUUCCCUCUGCUGCAGGCCCUCAAGACGAGAAUCAGCAGCCUCCCCACAGUGAAGAAGUUCCUGCAGCCUCGCAGCCAGAGGAAACCACCUGUGGAUGAGGAAUGUGUAAAAAAAGUAUUCAGGAUUUUCCAUUAAAUAAAGGGUACAUGAAGCA